AUGCAGAUAAACGUGCGCAAAGGUUUUUGUGAGUGUAGAGCGGCUUCGUACAGUGCGAAGGCCGGCGAACAAGUGAGCUCUGGAGUUCUAGCUCCCCCGCCUUUUAUAUGUUCCAGCGAGGUAGAGCUAGGCUCCGCCCACCAGCGCAAUUUGGUGCGCUCCGAUGACAACGCUGUCGAGGAAUAUGAUCCAUGGGAUCGUGGUCGCCUGUUAGGCGUGUCGACGGGCAGCUUCGGGCUUCUUGGUCAUCUCUGGAGCGGCUGCGGGACGGCAAUUCGGAAGGUCGGCGAUUUUAUGGCUUUGUCGGCCCCUGGCGGCGGAUCCAGUGGAAAUUCUGCCCCUUUGGAAGCUGAUUCUGUCGAAUUGAGUGGAGGCGGUUCGAAUGAGCCCGCCCAUAAGGUCGAGGGUCGCCGGGAACCAUUAGCGAGUGGUGGCGUCUCGAAAAUAUGGAAAGCAUGUGAAAUUUUCACUUAUCGGCUCUGGCGGCCGAUCCAUUGGAAAAUGUCCCUUUUCGACUUGGUGUCUAUCGAAUUGGGUUGCGGCGGUCCUAACGAGCCUAUCCAGAACGUCGAAAAGAGUUCCAAGACCAGGCGGGAAAUUGCCGACACUCUAUUCCUGGACGGAAACAGUCACGGAAGGUCUAGGAAUAGGCGGGAAUUUGCCGACGCUCUGUUUCCAGACGGGGGGAUAAGGAUAGCUCUGAAAACAGGCGGGAAAUUGCCGACGUUCUGUUCCCAGACAGAAAAUAAGGAGCAAGGAAACUUGCUUGUAUACCUGGGAAUUCCAUUCAUCAAUAGACAGCAAGAGACUCAAUUAAGGGAAAUACUUAGAAAUGAAACAGUUACUGAAAAUCAGGCUUGUUGCAGAGUUGAAUUAGAUGUAGUAUAUAAGAAGUUAUAUGACGUGAUUAAAAUUUGGUAUCAAGAAGCUAAUAUAGAUGAUCAUCUUUCCCUUCCAGAAAUAUAUAACAAAUGUAAAUAUAACUAUGAGAUGUUAUAUUUCAUUCAAAAAUAUAUUAGAAGGUGCUUCAAGUAUCUGUGGACGUCUGUAGAAAAUAAUGAAUUUAUCGUAAAACUUGUAUCAGAACAUGAAUAUAAAAUAUUAGAAAAAACUAUUAAUUUAGAGGAAGAAUUAAUAAAUAACCUUUUGGGUUUUACAAGAAUAUUUAGGCUUAUAACUUCUAUUAAGAAGCCUCUUAUUGGUCACAACUUGCUCCAGGAUAUACUUUUACUGAUAAGUAGUUUUGAAACUCCACUACCCCGUAAAUAUUCUGAAUUUAAAAAAUUAGCAACACUGCUAUUUCCCUCAGUAUUUGAUACAAAAUCAAUUUCUUAUCAGCUGAAAAAUAUAAUUCCCGAGGAGAAAUGUUGGGCUGAUUCUAGUCUGGAAACAUUGUUUGAAUACUUCAAAAAUGGAACAGGAAGACAUUUAGCCUUAAAUGCUCCAGCUAUAAUAAUAACACAAGACAAUAAUUAUGGAAAAUUUCAUGAAGCUGGCUGGGAUUCUUUUUGUGCUGGAUAUAUUUUUAUACGUUUGGCAUAUUUGAAUAUUUAUCAUAAGUUUCCAAAGUCCAAGACAUUUAUGAGCAAUGAACUUAUUGGUGGCUUAUCAGAUUUAAAGAAUCGAGUUAAUAUUAUUAGAGGAGCAGUUUCAUAUGUUUUAUAUAGGGUCAACUACCUGUAGAGUUAAGGAAAUGGGAGCAUCGACAUUGCUAACAUGAGCUGGACAGCCUAGGAAUGCCGUGUCAUCAAUUUUGGACAAGUGGACGGCAAUAGCCAUUUUAAUCAGUCUGCAUUAGAAUCUGACACUGUAA